ACCAAUCACUCCAUAGACUGCACCAACCUUGAAUAAACACCGUCGACUCACCAAGCUCGACUUGUUUCGCACCAUAGCCGCCUACCUAUUUGAACACGCGCGAGCUCGCCCAACAUGGCUCCAGGCAUUGACAUGAAUGACCGCAACGCCUGGGACGAUUCCUAUCUCAUCAAAUCAUGGGACGAGACUGUCAAGGAGUAUGAGAAGUAUCACAGCAUCCACAAGUCCGGGAAGCGACUGGAGGAUGCCUUGAGCGAAGAAGAGCUCAAAGAAUUGCGAGAGGAUCAUGGGGAGUACCUCGAUGAAGCUGAGACCUCAUCUGGAGCCGUUGCAGAGACCAAUGGCGACGCGGAUCAGCCAGAUACCGACAUGACCCACGAGGAUGGCAACAAUGUCGAGCAUCUCGUCCAAGCAGAAUCACCGCAGCAGGCACCGCAUCCAUCACAGCCGCAACAGACCCAGACGGUCGCCAUUGACGAUCCGGCGCGGCAGGAAGGGGCUCAUGCAGCCUCAAUGCCACAGGCUCUGCUCGGCACAGUGCAAGAUGAGAAUCUCAGGAACAUCAUGAUGUCCUGGUACUAUGCUGGCUACUACACGGGAUUGCACGCGGGACAGCAACAGGUGCCCAAAAACACACCGCCAAAGCAGCAGUGAUGGACCCUUGUCGAGAACCACGUGUACAGUGCCAUUGACCGACAACGGGUCGAACGGCUUUCGACAUUUUGCAAACCAGGAGAAACAUCGUGGCUGGGUCCUGACGGGUGAUCAACCAAUGAAACGCUCAUGACCGCUCGCCUAGUGUGGCGCCCUCCGCAACCGUUAACAGUUCGUGCCUCACAACGCUCGGAACCCAAGGCAGCGAGAUGACCAGUCUAGCCAUGUUCAUGCGGCGAAAAGUCUUCCAGCCUCAACGCUCAGGGUAUGCCAAUAGUUAAAUCGGGGUGUUAAGAUCUUGGAUUACCGCAUUUGGGGUGACUAGGCGUAAGCGAGACGGAUCUGCGACAGUACCGCGACAAACCUCGAACCCAUCUACAACAGUUCGGGCUUCAUCCGACCCUGGCCCUGCUUGCGCAUCGUCACAAUCUGUUGAUUCUUGCAGGACCUGCAGCUGUUUCUGCAGUGCAUGCGCAGUGCCCAGAAUGUCAUGUUUCGCCGUGUGGGCGGCCUGCUGGCCCGCUGUCAAUUUUAUGCGUAGAUUUAUAGCUGCGGAUGUCCCAGGCAGACCACUUCCGUUCCAUCCAUUCUUGCCUCAUAAC